AUGCUGUCCUCGCUUGUGUCGUCCUCGCGGCGCGCGGCAUCACAAAUGUGUGCCUCUUGUCAAAGAGAGGCGAAGAACUCACUGAGAUCGAGAGCAGCCUUUUCCAGCCUGUCUGUAACCCCCAGAGAAAGAUGCCAAACAUCAAUGUCAGGGAGUACACCCAGGAUAUCACUCCUCCAGCCCCGACAACAGCGGUGGUCCUCCUCCUCCUCCUCCUCCUCCUCCUCUUCUUCUUCUUCUUCUUCACCAUCAGAACCAACACCAGCCUCAAAAGACGGGAGCAAGAAGAGGAAAACCCCCCCAUUCUACGCCCUCUUCCCCCAGACCCUCCCCCUCGGCCCACCUCCCUCGGGACCCUUCCACAUCCCCCUCCGCACCCUCCGCAACGAGUUCCUCAAGCUCCAAGCCCUCUCCCACCCAGACUUUGCCCACUCCUCCGCGUCCGCCAGUGCCAAAUCCGCCGCGACGACCAACUCUGCCAUUAUCAACACGGCCUACAAAACGCUAUCCAACCCUCUCUUGCGCGCGCAGUAUCUCUUGCAUGAGCUGUACGAUGUCGACUUGGCGGGUGAUGAGGCGGGGACGCAUGCGGAGCCUGACCCGGAGCUGUUGAUGACUGUUUUGGAGAGUAGGGAGAUCAUUGAGGAGGCGGACACGGAGCAGGAUUUGGAGGAGCUGAGGGAGGAGAAUGAGAAGAGGAUUGAGGAGGCGGAGAGGGGGUUGGAGGAGGCUUUCAAGGUGGAGGAUGUGGAACGGGCGAAGGAGGAGGCGGUGAGGUUGAGGUACUGGAUGAAUAUUAGGGAGGGGAUGGAUAAUUGGGAGAGGGGGAAGGGGGUGGUCUUGCAGCAUUGA